AUGUCUAUGACCAUGGAAGAUUGCGCGGUAGCCCGGCCAGGCUUCCCUCGGCCGUUCCCGGACACGCCAUCAAAUGUUAUGGAACAGUUUCAAAUGAAGGGCAAAGUGGUUGCCGUCACUGGCGCUGCUGAUGGACUUGGUCAUGCAAUUUCGGAGGCUAUGGCCGAAGCAGGUGCCCAUGUUGCCUUGUGGUAUAAUUCGAAUGACGUUGCCAUUGAGAAGGCUAAGGAAUUAGAGAAACAGCAUCGUAUCAAGGCUUCUGCAUAUAAGGUUGAUGUUUCGGACUCUACUCAAGUCUCGGAAACUAUUGCCAAAGUUGUGAAGGACUUUGGCAAGUUCGAUGUUUUCGUCGCCAAUGCUGGUAUGGCAAUUUCAAAGCCUAUUUUGGAGCAAAGCCUGGAUGAAUACCGUAAACAGAUGUCUGUGAAUGUUGAUGGAAUUGUUUAUUGUGCAAAGUAUGCCGGCGAGGUGUUUAAACGCCAGGGAUUUGGCAAUCUGAUUAUCACUUCAAGCAUGAGUGGGCACAUCGUCAACGCACCAACCGAUCAACCCGUCUACAACGCAACCAAGGCAUAUGUAACCCACUUUGGGAAAUCCCUCGCCCGUGAGUGGCGCGAGUUUGCGCGCGUCAAUAUUGUCUCACCAGGCUUCUUCGAUACCAAGAUGGGUGCAAGCCCCGAGACUGUUCACGAGGCGUACCGUAUGUCAUCGCUUGGAAGACAGGGUCACGUCAAAGAAAUUAAGGGAUUGUACUUGUAUCUGGCUAGUGAUGCUUCCACUUACAUGACUGGAAGUGAUGUGAUCAUUGACGGAGGGUAUGUCUUGCCCUAG